CCAUUCCUUUUCCAGUCUCUUUCUCUGGAAACAAACAGGCGAUUACACUUUUACCUUCUUCUUCUUCUUCUUCAGCAUUUUCUUUCUGAAACAAAAAAAAAAAAAUCUUCUUCUCUACGUUGCUUGUCUGUUUCUGCUUUUAAAUAUCUUAUAUUUAAGCAUAUUCUUUUUACUGCUGCAAAAUAUCUUCUCAUUUCUCUUUAUACGCGUGUAUAAUAAAUAAAAGAACGAUUGAGCGAGCUUCUUCGUUUUCUUUACAUAUAGACAAUUCUGCGUGAAGUUUUUGAGAGGCUUUGGUGUUUGGUUCGCAACCGAAGCCAUAUUUUGAGCUGCAAAGCAAGAGCUGUUUGAGGAAAGGUGUCAAUGGCAGCCACCGGGAAAGCCAACGGCGCAACUGUAUCAAGCGUUCCCGCCAAAGUUCAAGUGGCUGCGAAUCCUUUGGCGGAUGAACCUGCGCAGAUUGCCUCGAAUAUCAACUAUCAUGCGCAGUACAGUCCUCACUUUUCUCCGUUCAAGUUCGAGCCAGAGCAAGCUUACUAUGCAGCUGCAGAAAGCGUUUGUGAUCGUCUCAUACAGCAAUGGAAUGAGACCUACUGUCAUUUCCACAAAGUUGAUCCUAAGCAAACGUAUUACUUGUCCAUGGAAUACCUUCAAGGACGAGCCCUGAAUAACGCAAUUGGGAAUCUGGACAUCCAAGGUGCAUAUGCUGAAGCACUGCAGAAAUUCGGAUAUGAACUUGAGGAGAUAGUUGAGCAGGAGAAAGAUGCGGCCCUAGGAAAUGGUGGACUAGGAAGGCUGGCUUCAUGCUUUUUAGAUUCUAUGGCAAGCUUAAAUUUGCCUGCAUGGGGAUACGGUUUGAGGUACAAAUAUGGGCUCUUCAAGCAGCAAAUUACCAUGGAGGGCCAGCAAGAAAUAGCUGAGGACUGGCUUGAGAAAUUUAAUCCUUGGGAAAUACUCACGCAUGACGUNNGGUUGCCGUUUGACUAUGGCAGCCGAAAAUGGAUUGGAGGAGAGGUUUUGCUAGCCCUAGCUUAUGAUGUGCCAAUCCCAGGAUACAAAACCAAAAACACAAUUAGUCUUCGCCUCUGGGAAGCGAAAGCUCGAGCUGAGGAUUUCGAUCUAUUUUUGUUUAAUGAUGGACAAUAUGAAUCUGCAGCACAGUUGCAUUCUCGAGCUCAACAGAUUUGUGCAGUUCUAUAUCCUGGGGAUGCAACUGAAGACGGGAAGCUUUUACGAUUGAAACAACAAUUCUUUCUCUGCAGUGCGUCUCUUCAGGACCUUAUUUUCAGAUUCAAGGAGAGAAAGACUGGAGAGAGCCCAAGGCAUUGGUCCGAGUUCCCUAAAAAGGUUGCUGUACAAUUGAAUGAUACUCAUCCUACUCUUGCAAUUCCAGAGCUAAUGCGAUUACUAAUGGAUGACGAAGGACUUGGAUGGGAUGAAGCCUGGGAUGUGACAACAAGGACCAUUGCUUGUGCAAAGUUUUUCCAAAUAGAUCUUGUUAUUGUAAGGUUGGAGGGAAGUGUUAUAGGUAGGCACAUCCAUGUGAACGGUGUUGCCCGAUUACAUAGUGACAUUUUGAAAUCUGAGUUAUUUGCAGACUAUGUCUCUUUAUGGCCCACCAAAUUCCAGAAUAAAACAAACGGUAUCACCCCUCGUCGAUGGCUCCGUUUUUGCAGUCCUGAGCUGAGUGACAUAAUUACCAAAUGGUUAAAGACAGACCAAUGGAUCACAAAACUUGACCUACUUGUAGGUCUUCGGAAAUUUGCUGACAAUGCAGACUUCCAAGCUGAAUGGGCAUCUGCUAAGAUGGCCAAUAAGCAUAGGUUGGCCCAGUAUAUAUUGCGAGUAACUGGUGUUAGCAUUGACCCAACUAGCCUGUUUGACAUACAAAUCAAGCGCAUCCAUGAAUACAAAAGGCAGCUACUGAAUAUCCUGGGUGCAAUUUAUAGAUACAAGAAGUUAAAGGAGAUGAGCCCUGAGGAGAGGAAGAAGACAACUCCUCGCACCAUUAUGAUUGGAGGGAAAGCAUUUGCAACAUAUACAAAUGCGAAAAGAAUUGUCAAAUUGGUGAAUGAUGUCGGUGUCGUUGUCAAUAAUGAUCCUGAGGUCAAUAAUUAUUUGAAGGUUGUGUUUGUCCCAAACUACAAUGUAUCUGUGGCUGAGGUGCUAAUUCCUGGAAGUGAACUAUCCCAACAUAUCAGCACUGCAGGCAUGGAGGCAAGUGGCACUAGCAACAUGAAGUUUUCUUUGAAUGGUUGCCUCAUAAUAGGGACACUGGAUGGUGCUAAUGUUGAAAUAAGAGAGGAAAUAGGUGAGGAGAAUUUCUUUCUUUUUGGUGCAACAGCAGAUGAGGUCCCGAAGUUGCGCAAAGAAAGAGAGAAUGGAUUGUUCCAACCUGAUCCUCGUUUUGAAGAGGCAAAGCAAUUUAUAAGAAGUGGAAUAUUUGGCAAUUACGAUUACACCCAACUCCUUGACUCUCUGGAGGGCAACUCUGGUUAUGGUCGUGGUGAUUAUUUCCUUGUUGGUCAUGACUUCCCCAGCUACAUGGAUGCUCAAGCAAGAGUAGAUGAAGCCUACAAGGACCAAAAGAGAUGGCUCAAGAUGUCUAUACUGAGUACUGCUGGUAGUGGUAAGUUCAGCAGUGAUCGCACCAUCUCUCAGUAUGCCAAAGAAAUCUGGAACAUAGAGGAGUGCCGUGUACCAUGAUGCAGCAGAUUGGCCUACCUGCACUGCUUGCUUAGCUCUAAAUACAAAUAUAUAUAGCAUGGAAUAAGGUCAUAUUAUUCACAACUAUACACGCAUAUAUACAUAUAUGUUAAUAAGCCGUAUGCUCUGGCUCUUUUUUGUAGAGCGUGUUUGUUUUACUUUUACCUAAAAGCAUUUGUUUUAGCAAAUAAACCUGCUAGUUGGGUUAUUUGUUAAAGAAAAUCAUGAUUCACCGUUACCUACUUUUAGAAGGACCCACUUCGGCGGUCUUAUUUUU